GAAUCGGACAAGAAAGGCAUAUCGCGUACGCAGAAGGAGCGCGAUCAUCUUCUGUCGCCGUGCCGGAAAACUGCCCCUCGCCUCUACUCCAGAGAGAAUUGAACGGUGCUCUGCCGCGGGUGUUCACUAGUACAGCUGGCCAUGAGUGAAAUAAAGAAGGCACGCAUGGUUCCAUCUCAGCUACAGCGGUCUGCACUGACUGCUGCCCCACACACUGUGCUGACUCCUCUGCCUGGCCAUAUACUCACAAGCUCUAUCAUUACCAGUUCAAUUCCAACAGGGCCCCCCCUCACUAAAUCAGUCGGGAGUGGUGGUGACAGGUUUUUGGUCGAUUCUGUCUCCCGUACCGUACGCAAACAGUCCAAUCCGGUCAAACAGACCGUUGUGGUCCUGUCUUCAUCGACCAACAGUCCCACUGUGUCAACCGCCAAUCUGGUUACUAGGACCACAACAUUCACUGGCCCACCUCCUCCUCCACUCAUCUCAGCCAUCCUCCCACAACCACCAGCAAGUGGCACUACCACGCUGUUCACAGCCAGUGGUGGAGGAGCGAAAAAUCCACAAAAACAGUCCCUGCUCCAACUGAAAAAUCAGCCCAAAAGACCCAAAUUUCCAAACCCACUUUGACCCCCAACGGGGCAACAAAUGCCACGCCCACCCAGACAAAGAAGCCCGAAACGACUGUUCCUUUGUCUGAUUCCAGUUCCGAAGACUCCAGUUCGGACACAAGUGGCACCAGCGAAGAGAGCGACAAAGACGAACUGCUCAAGAAUGACUCCCUGACCAACAAACCCACAGCGGGUACCGUUGUAGUCGAUUCCGAGGUGCCCGGUCCUUCCGGCUUCGCCAAGAGGGGCCGCGGGCGACCGAGACACGCAACUUCAACGCCGAAAAUGGUCAAACAGCUUAAACCGGGCGGGCAGAGAGCUCGCACGACGCCGAGGAAGAAGAGCGGGAGGGUCCCGAAACCGCCGGUGAUUUUCAGUCCCGACACAGCGGCCGGGAAGGCUGCGCUGCCAAAGAGGCGGGGCAGGGGGUGUGGUGGGUGUCCUGGGUGCGUACGGGAGGACUGCGGAAAGUGCAACUACUGCAAGGACAAGACCAAGUUUGGAGGACCCGGGAGGAAGAAACAACGAUGUGCACUUCGCGUGUGCUCCAAUUUUGUGAAGCCUCCUCAUGGAAAGGGCCGUCCGGUGCAGCCUGGUACACCUCCCGGGGAAGUAACCGUGAUACCUGUCUCGAAGCUCGCCAACUCUCUAAAGGUUGCAGAGGUCAUCGAGCAGCUGCGGCAGAACCUGACGUCGAGCAUCCCGCCUGUCAUCGACAAAGACUCCGUCUUCCCGUCUCUCUCUUCUGCAACACCCGCUGCUCCAAACACCACUUCCUUCAUCAUCGCCCAGCCGACACAGCUGAAGGCCACGUCGUCUGCCCUCACCUCAAUUGCUGCCAGCGAGACGAAGAUCGUCGGGCCCGUAGCCCCCUCAACCAUGAUUUCCAAAGUCACUUCCACUGCGACGCCAGCUGUGUCUACUGCACCCGUGACGACAUCUGCAGCCGCGUCUUCUGCAGUUAGCAAAGCUCCCGCGACUGCGAAACAAACGCAGCCCAAAACGAGCGAGGCUCCUAAAACGACGUCUGAAGUGGGGAAGAAAGAAGUUAAGACGACGGCUGUGGAGAAGGCACCCGAUAGCAGCAGCAAGUCUUCUUCUGAAGUCAACAAACCAUCCGAGAUUGCUCUCCGCACCAGGAGAAAGCAACAUCAAGUACAGCAGCCACAACAACAACAACAACAACAACAACAACAAAAACAAGUGAAGGAGGUGCCAGGUGCUCCAACUUCCUCUGCAAACUCGCCGGCGAGCGGAGAUCAGGACAAGAUCAAGUGCAUCGUCUGUGGAAGGGGAAGAAAGCCUUCACUGAUGAGGUCCAACCAGUUCUGCACCCAGCGCUGCAUCAAUACUUGGUCCGAGAAAAACAAGGGGGCGGAGCCUGUGAUGUCAUCGUCGCCGUCGUCACGGCGAUCGGUGGUGGAGGUGGAGACACCGAUGGAAGUCGAGAAACAGCAGAAAAAGCUGCCCCGAGCACUGAAGAACCUUCAGAUUGAUAUGACGUGGGACAGAAGGUCGUCGCAAGGCACCCGUGCUCCGCCCUCUUAUACACCCAUAGCUUCUGCCACGCCCAAACCAACCAUGACUUCAACCCCCACCCCCACAGCUACCACUGCUACCAACAAGCGACCGACGUCGUCCACUGGCGUCCAACCCCCGGCCGCCAAAAAACUCACCAGAGAGCUUGAAAUUACAGUGGGUACCAAGAGACCUUCACAGCAGCAGCCUCCACAGAACCAGAAGAAGAUGAAGGAAGCUGAACCAGCCAAAUCGGUCUCAUUCAACCUGACCUCCAUCCCCACUAGCACAGUGGAACCCAUAGCUGCCCCUCCCCUCAGUCGCACGGUCCCUCCUCCCUCCAUCUCCAUUGUCCCUCUGGACCAGCUGACUGCUCUGGGCACCGCGCUCCUCUCUCAGCAACAGCAUCGGGCCAGGAAAGACGACGCUCUGGCCGUCACAGCCGCCGCCAAGUCCGUCGCGUCCGGCUGCCAGAUCCCGGCCGGUUUGCCCGUGGACGUCCGCUCCUGGACCGUAAGCGAAGUCGUGAAGUUCUUCGAGAGCACCACGGACUGCAAGGACUACGCCGCGAUGUUCAAAGAGCAGGAGGUAGACGGGACGGCCCUGCUUCUCCUGACCCACGAGUCCCUCGUCAAGUGUCUGGGAAUAAAGCUGGGACGAGCGCUGAAGAUAAUGGUACACGUGGAAGAACUGCAAAAGUUGUACGCUUAGCCUGCACGCAUGCUGAAAAAGAAUCCCCAAUGUUAUUGCACUAUCGCCUCCAGUUCUUCGCUGAGCUUUAUCCACUCCCGUACAGUUCUCCCCAUAUCUCCACAUUCUAUAAGAACUGGUCACAUGCUGAACACAACACCGUUUUUAUUUCAACUUUUGCCCUAUUUUUGUAUUACUACUCAUACAUCCCCUCUUCACUCUUCUUUGUUAUCACCCACAUAUUACACACCUAGAGCUCACAAACUGACACUUCUCGACAUCUUUGUUAGAAUGUAUGAUGAAAGUCCUGAGUGUUAUCAUUAUUAUACCGAUAAUAUGAGAUUUGAAUCAAAAAUUAUUGGUGUGAAAUUCUCAACGUUUGCGCUCCUUUCUCCAAAUGUAUGUUCGAGGUGUCUUUCCGUCCCCUUCGAUUCUUCUUUUCUUCCCCUUUGCCAUUAGAUCUUUUUGGGUCUUCAUUUUCCGAGCUAUUCUCAGUAACUCUUUCGAUCUGUGGAUUCGUUGGUUUAGUUCGCGAUACGAUGUUUCGCACUUCCGUUUUGCCUU